GCACAAGGUAGCCUGUGACAAGAGCUCCCUGCCCUUUUCAGAGAGUGAUGAACUGAAAAGAACACUUCAAGCACAGUCCCGGAUCUUGGAGACACCAAAUGGGAUAGUGUCAGAUUCAAAUGAAGGUUAAGCACACUUGCUAUACAAUAUUUUGGAUGUUGGUAAGUCUGCAUGGGUUAAAACAAAAGGUAUGAAGUACAGAUGAAACCCCUUAAAUCACACAGAGACUGAGGGCAUUGCCAAGCUUCCUUUGCCUGUCCCUGUGCUCACCACUCAGCUACUGGCUGUAGCUGAGAUGUGCCCAGACUCACCCUCAGACUGAUUAAUUCCUCCUGGUUUUACAUCCUUUUUUGCUUGCUAUGUCAUUGUAUUAUACUGUUGCAUAAUAACAGGGGCUCCUCCAGGCCAAGGCAAGCAUUUCAUUUAGCAGCACAUUUUCCUCUGCAGCAGCACCAGCAGCUCAGCACUGAGCAUGGCACAUCUGCUGUGAGCCCGGCAGCCACCUGAACCAGCACUGCCUGCUCUGGAGCCUCUGUGCCAUCCUCUCAGCUGCCCAAAGAGCUGAAAUGGGAACAGGAAAUUUUCAAAUCCUUGACCUCCAAAACACUCAUUUUUUUUUAUUGGCACUUAUCAGGCCUUGCCCAGCAAGACCCAAAGCCUCAGUGGUUUAAAGAUUAAAUAAACAACAAGGUUCAGCUGUUCUUCCCUUUGGCAAAGACAAAAAAAUCCAUCACUUAAUAUACUUUAAAGCAAAAAAAAAAAAAAGUAAGAGUUAAAUAAUCUCCAACAUAACUACUUUAAAAAUAUAGAUUGAUUAUCUUGAAAAAGUGACAUGAUUAUAGUUGAAUUUUCUUCCAUAAGAGAAGAGGCCAUAUUGUAGAGCUAAAAAUAAGGCACGGAAAAAACCCUGUAUAUGGUUCUGUGUGGUUUUCUACAUUUUAUUCACACUUUGAAUCUGGUGCCUCACUGAAAAGAUGAUAAGAUUCAAGCCAUUGCUAGUCACAAUGCACGUGUGGACAAACACAAAUUACUUUUAUAGGAACAAAUCUCCUCAUUGCUUUGCUGUUGAUAACUGGAGUGGUUUUCCGAUGUGGUCUCUGCUUGACUGUGCAGUGACUUAUUUCCUCUAUGAAGAGCUGUUUCUGUGCCUCACUACAUCACCACCACCAACAGAAACUGAAAGCUCUGCAAGCCUCUCUAAGCUGUGGGAGCUGCAGGACACUUGUCUCUCUUUUCUCCAUUUCUGACAGAGAUUUUGCUCUUCUCGAAGUAAGGAGAGACAGAAAAAUGAAUAGGUUACAGAAGGCAAUGGAUUUCUGCAUGCGCCACCAGACCAUUCUGGGUUACAGUAUCGUGUCCCUGCUGACAGUAGCCAGCGAACAGAUCUUCUCAUCUGUGGUGUUCCAGUGUCCCUGCAAUUCUGGGAACUUGCUGUAUGGUUUAUCCUUCCUCUUAGUACCUGCCUUCGUCCUCUUUCUGCUCGGCUUCAUGGUGAAUGCUAGAACAUGGCGCCUGUUGACAGGCAAGUGCUCUCAGGAGAAUCAUUCUGACUGCAGUACCUGGGAAGCCUGUGCCCACUUCUGCCAGGUGCUGGUGCCGAUGACAGCCAAAGCCUCGGUGGCCCCGCUCACCUGGAUAGCGGUGGCCCUGCUUGGAGCCAACUUCUACGAGUGUGCAGCCAGUGGGAGCAGUCUGCUGGAGAGGUUCUUCUGUAAAGACACUGGAGCUGACUGCCGAAACCAGCUGCUCAAAGUGCCUUGUGGUAAGGAACUAUCUGCAGAGAUAUCAAGUGGACGACUCAGCCUUCAGGCACAGUCCCAGCUGAUAGGAUGGUUCCUGAUAGCCAGCAUCACGACUGUGGCACUGAUUUCAACAUGUGUCAGGCACUGUUGCUCCCCGGUCAGCUAUCUUCAGCUCAAGUUCUGGAAAAUUUACUCAAAAAAAGAACAGGAACUCUUUGAGAUCAAAGCCAAAGAACAUGCAACCAAGCUGGCAGAAAGAAAUACAACUUGCUUUUUUGAAACCACUGAUCCAGAACCAUUUUGUACUCCCAGCAAUGAAGACUGGCAGAAGAUUUCAAACUUGUAUACCUUUAAUUCACAUGAGCAGUAUUACAGCAUGAUACACAAGUACGUGAACACCAACAGGGGCAGCAGUGCCAAAUUCAAGGAAGGUCAGAAUCUCACUGUCUUAGAAUUUGUGGAUGAAGCCCAGACAAGCAUUUCAGGGUUGUAAGGAAACAAAUCCUUUGCAAUGCUGGGAGUUUUUAAACUCUACUGAUAUAACAAGAGUCUUAUUCCCUGCUCUUACCAAAAUCUAUGCAAACUGAAGGUGAAAGCUGUUAGUUGUAAAUCUCAGUAGAUUUGCUUUUAAAUACCUUUUAAUCCUUUUGCUUAAGUACAUUUAAAUGGGCGUUUUCUUCUGGUGUUGUCUAUUAAUAAGAGUCAUAUGUAAAAUAAUCUGCAUCCACAAAGAUGUCAACACCUAUUAUGUCAAAUCAUUACCAAAACCUUAAAAGCACUUGGCACGUGAAGUGACAAUACCAAACCCUAUCAAAGAGACAAAAAAGAAAUGGAAGAUUUGAUUCAGAAAUUCAGCUUAGUUUAUUAGCUCUUUCUUUACAAUGAAACUUUCAUUGAUGCUUAGAGCAAGCUUUAGAUUAAAAAAUUAGCUUGUCUUGAGGGGUUAGCCUCAUGCAUGGCAGCGUAGGUGAAACUUCUAUAUGAACAAACAUUAAAAGCACAUUCAUACAUUUAAAGACAUUAAAAGUCUGCAAUCCAUAUUAGCAAGUUGUAAUAUUCUUCUCAAACAACAUCUUAUUGUAAGAAAUAAGGUACAAGUUUUGAGUGAAGGAUAAUAAAGUUCACUUUUCUUCUGAAAAGCUGUGGUUUAAGAGAGCAUUUUAGAUAUAUAAGUCCGAUUGUUUGGUGUGGUCUAUUUGUUUCCCCCUCCCAGAAAUUCUCUCUUCCUACACAAUAAACUCAGAAAUUUAAUAGACAGACAGACAGGAAUCCCAAGAAGUGAUUUGUUACAUUUGUUUUGCAAGGAAGGAAGAAGGGAAGAGCCUAUCUUAACUAGCUGAAUGUAGCAACCUUGGAAGCUUCUUUCUCACUAUCAACUAAAAAUAUAACACAUCAAGGCAAAACAAGAUUUAAUUCUGCAUGUAGAAAAGCGUUUCUAAAAAUUAUUCAUCGCAGUCACUGACUUGCUCAGAGCUCCUUUGCUUCUGAGAAACUUGAUGAUUAUGGAGUACCUGUGCAGGCCAGGGCUGACCUCUUAGAGAGCAUCUCUGCACAGAAGCACCUGGCUGUGUCGGUGGCUGGCAAGCUGACUACGAGCCAGCAGUGCCCCUGUGGCCAGCAGGGCCAGUGGUGUGCUGUGGUGCACUGGCAAGAGUGUGGCCAGCAGGUCAAGGGAGGUGAUGCUCCCCCUCUCCUCAGCCCUGCUGAGGUCACAUCUGAAGUGCUGUGUCCAGUGCUGGGCUCCUCACAACAAGGAAGGCCAGGAGCUACUGGAGAGGGCCCAGCAGAAGGGCCACAAAGGUGAUUUGGGUCUGGAGCAUCCCUCUUGUGGGGAGACACUGGGCCUGUUUAUUCCGGAGAAGAGAGGACUGAGAGAGAAUCUCUUUAAUACCUCUCAAGUGUGAGUGGCAAGAGGAGGGUGCCAGACUCAUUCCAGUGGUACCCAGCAACAGGACGAGGAGCAAUGGCCACAACCUAAAGCAUAAGAUGUUUCACUACACCAUGAGAAGAUUUUCUUUACAUUGAGGGUGGCAGAGCACUGGCACAGGCUGCCCAGGGAGGUUGUGGAGUUUCCCUCCUUGGAGGUAAUCCAGACCCACCUAGAUGUGUUCCUGUGUCACCUGCUCUAGGUGAACCUGCCUUGUCAGGGGGGAUGGACUAGAAGACCUUCAGAGGUCCUUUCGAACCCUAACAGUUCUCUAAGAAAACAAGGACAAUGUAGGUCCUUCACUUUCAAAAUAAUAAAAAUAAUUAAGAAAAAACCCAAAUAGAAUAUUUGGUUAGUGUUGGUGGAAAAAGUAAAAAUGGCUAUUGCAAAUAAACAACCUUUGUUGUGGUCAGCUACACGUCCAUCUCGACCAACUGGCCAUAACCAGCAGAAAUUCCAGUGAGGGCUUUUGCAAAAGCAGUGAAAUCAGACAAAUUCCACAAUACAUUUCAGCUCUAGGUUUAACAAAGUAAUAUAAAUUACAAAAAGAAAGAAAAAGGAAAAGAAAAAAAAAAGGCAGGGAAACUUGUUAGUGGUUCUAACAUAUUGUCACACGUACACGCUGCCACUUCUUACUGGUGCAGGUAACAGCAGUUGGGCUGAGACCAAGGCUGGAUCACAAAGAGUUUUGGUUUUGUUCCCUACACAACUGCUCACUAAAAUUUGCUCACUUCCAUUAUGCUGUGGCACCACAGAGCCACACUACUUAGACAAAGGGAGAGAGAUUAUCAUGAGGACUCUACAGGUCUGGAGAGAAUGAACCCAGGGUAAGAGAUGCUCCCAUCUGGCAUGAUAAAGAUGUGAACAGACUGAGGGGAAAAUAGGAGAAGGCACAAAACACAGUGUAAAAUCAGAGUUAAUUCCGGGCUAGACUGAACUUAGUUGCUGGUAUUUCAGCUUCAAACAAGCGUUUUUGUGAGGAGAGGCUAAG